AAGAAGAAAAAGUACACCACCGAAGAAGAUAAAGACUGGGCGGGACCCUGUGAGAUCUGGUGUCUUUGUUCCGCCAUCGUAGAGACCAUAGCCAGAGCAGAGAGCUGCUUUAGCAACCAGGAUCAAAAUGGAUCAGUACAAACUCGAAAUAAAAGAAGAGGAGGUGGACGUUCAUCUAGACCAAAAUGAGAGCGAUACGGAGCAGCAGGACCCGAGUUUAGCUGAGCGGAACCGUGGCAUUAGCAGAAUAAAGAUGGAGCAGCAGGACCCGAGUUUAGCUGAGCGGAACCGUGCCAUUAGCGGAUUAAAGAUGGAGCAGCAGGACCGGUCCAUUAGCAGAAUAAAAAUGGAGCAACAGGACCCGAGUUUAACCGAACAGGUCCGGUCCAUUAGCGUUAUAAAGGAAGAACAGCAUGACCCGAGUUUAACCGAACAGGACCCGAAUUUAACCGAGCAUGACCGGUGCAUUAGCGGAAUAAAGGAGGAAGAGCAGGACUCGAGAUUAGGCGAGCAGGACCGGUCCAUUAGCGGAAUAAAGCAGGAGCAGCAGGACCCCGACCACGCCGAUCAACAGGAACACAAAGGAAGAAGAGCUUCAAGGCUGUGUCUCUGUCAGCAAUGUAGCCAGGCCCUCGCCGAAAUAUCGGAGCUAAAGAAUCAUCAAAAGGUUCACUCUGGAGAGAAACCAUAUGGCUGUGACCAGUGUGGCAAAACUUUCUCUGCAAAACAUAACUUAGGGACCCAUCAUCAAAUUUAUACUGGAGAAGAACCACACACCUGCAUCCAAUGUGGUGUAGCUUUCUACAGGUCAAAGGAUUUAAGAAUCUACUGUUGUGGUCGCACUGGAGAGAAACGUCACUCCUGUGAACAGUGUGGAAAAGCGUUCUCUCGCCUCAGCGAUUUACUGGUACACCAACGCGUUCACACCGGAGAGAAACCGUACUCAUGUGAACAUUGUGGGAAAGCUUUCUCUCACAGCAGUAGUUUACAUGCACACCAACGGUUUCACACUGGAGAGAAGCCCCAUUCAUGUGAACAGUGUGGAAAAGUGUUCACUCGGCGCACAAAUUUACAGGCACACAAACUUGUUCACACUGGAGAGAAACCUCAUUCAUGUGAACAAUGUGGAAAAACAUUUUUUCAGCUCAGUCAGUUACGGGCACACAAACGUCUUCACACUGGAGAGAAACGCCAUUCAUGUGAACAGUGUGGAAAAGCGUUUUUUUACAGCAGUACAUUACUUGCACACAAACGUGUUCACACUGGAGAGAAACCUCACUCAUGUGAACAGUGUGGAAAAGCUUUCUCUCAAAAAAGUAGUUUACGGGCACACCAACGUGUUCACACUGGAGAGAAACCUCACUCAUGUGAACAGUGUGGAAGAGUGUUCAGUCGGCGCACAGAUUUACAGGCACACAAACUUGUUCACACUGGAGAGAAACCUCAUUCAUGUGAACAAUGUGGAAAAACAUUUUUUCAGCUCAGUCAGUUACGGGCACACAAACGUGUUCACACUGGAGAGAAACGCCAUUCAUGUGAACAGUGUGGAAAAGCGUUUUUUAAAAGCAGUACAUUACUUGCACACAAACGUGUUCACACUGGAGAGAAACCUCACUCAUGUGAAGAGUGUGGAAAAGCUUUCUCUCAAAAAAAGGGUUUACGGGCACACCAACAAGUUCACACUGGAGAGAAACCUCACUCAUGUGAAGAGUGUGGAAAAGCAUUCUCGAGGAGCAGUAAUUUACUGAAACAUCAACGUAUUCACACUGGAAAGAAAUCUCACUCAUGUCAACAGUGUGGAAAAGCAUUCUUUGAGCUCAGCGAGUUACAGGAACACCAACGUAUUCACACUGGAGAAAAGCCUCAUUCCUGUGAACAGUGUGGAAAAGCAUUUUAUCAGCUCAGUCAGUUACAGGCACACAAACGUAUUCAUGCUGGAGAAAAACCUCAUUCAUGUGAACAGUGUGGGAAAGUGUUUUCUCACAGCAGUAGAUUACUCGCACACAAACGUGUUCACACUGGAGAAAAGCCUUACUCAUGUGAACAGUGUGGAAAAGCUUUCUCUGAAAAAAGUAGUUUACGGGCACACCAGCGUGUUCACACUGGAGAGAAACCCUACUCAUGUGAACUGUGUGGAAAAGUGUUCUCUUGGCUCAGUAACUUUUAUGUACACCAACGUAUUCACACUGGAGAGAAACCUUACUCAUGUGAACAGUGCGGAAAAGCCUUCUCUCAAAGAAGAAGUUUACGAGCACACCAAUGUGUUCACACUGGAGAGACAAUUGUCUAACUAAAUGAAACCAUAUGGUCCUAGGAUGUUGUGUGACUUUGAAAAUUGUUUUUUUCUUAUUCUAUGCAGUCAGUGUAUAGUGUAUGACUUCUUAUGUUCAGCACUGAACUUACUCAUGCAAACAAUCAAGUUUGUCGUACACCAGGUUUAGGUGUCUGACAUUCUGUUUGACUGACUAAUAGUUUGAUGACCUGUCUCUGCCUGGUACACCCUGGACGUAGCUUCCAAACCCAAGAACGUGAAGCUGUGUGUCUCUUUGUCUGCUGAGACCACCCCACCAGUUACAUGUGUACUUGAACUAGACCUUCCAUUGUCAGGGUGCAUGGAUACAGCUUUAAGACAUACCUCUGUUACUGGUCACCGCUCCUCUCGAGGCAAUAUAGCCUAUAGUAAGCUCAGUGAUUGUUUGAUCCCCACCUUGUCAGAGUGCAAACGGUCCUGGGGGAAACAAUCUGGGAGAGUGUGUGUGCGGGGUACUUACUAGGUUAGCUAGCUAGCUGGCUGGUGCUGCGCUUUCGCCGUGCUCCCCCUUCACCGGGUGCAGGUCGGCGGUGAGAUCGAUCCUCCGCGUUGGGUUCCGUGUUGCACGGAUCGCCGCGUUUGGCUCGUGAUCCGUGAGGUUUGCUUCUCCAGCAGCCUGCGUGAGCACAGCAGCGCUUGGGUUCCCCAUUGUGAUCCCUGCAGCACAGUGCAUAAAGAAACACAUUCAUUAUUGCCCCUUCAUUUUUAUGAGCCUCCAGCGUCUUGGCACUGUUGGACACAUCCCCCUUCAUUUCGUAGCGAAGCCCAAUAUUAUAGAAGAAAGCGUACAAGGGUGGCGGGUGGUGGGAGAGAGUGUGGUGCCAACAUUAUUCGCUGUUUCUCACUGUGUUUUGAAAAAAAGCUUGUUAGCUACGUGUCUCUGUAGCAGAUUGUCCGUGCCACAGCUUUGGGUAGCUGGGCCCUGCUUGUCUGGCUCUGCUGCAGGCAAUGUGGCUGCUUCACCUUGCAUGUUUGCUCUCAGCGCACCGAAUGAAAGACGUACAGGAAGCAGCCUGUAGCGUGACAUUUCUAUUUUCAUAGUUCUAUUCUGUGAUUCGUCAGGAGCCGUAUUCUGUAUGGUGUUGUCUGCAGGAAACGGGCGAGAUCAGCGACGUUUUUAAUGUCUACUGACUGACUGUGGGAGUGUGCUGGUACUGAUGUCCCACACCUCUGAUUGAUUGACCCGUUUUAAUAGAGUCACCACAGUGCACAGCUGUUGCAUUGUUUGGUUCCUGUCUGCACACACACGUCUGUACAGGGUUUUUUGAAUGGGAGGGUUACAGUUUUUACUUUGUGUGAAAAGUCAGCGGGAUGAGGGGAAAACAGACAUCUCUGCUGCCAUGCUGCACCUGCUAUGGCUCUGUGGUUCUGUUCCGGUAGUGCUGCCUGCGGCAUUUUGUGCUUGGACGCAAACCGGUUUGUUACAUCAUGUAUCUCCCUCAUCAGUGUCCUGUAGUUGCUUUUGUGUGUCUACUGGGAAUACAUAUUUGGUGCUGUGUAGUGGAGCUGGUUGCAUCUCUCCCGCUGGACAGAUUAAUGCUGCCAGUUGCUGUUGAUCUGGGCCCUCGUGCUGAUGGCAGCUACUGACAGUCCUGCCACGGCUUCUAUGGUGAUGUCCCUGUUUGUGUGGUCGGCAGUGCUUGCGGGUGUUCGACCCACUCCUGGACUUUCCCUGGCUUCAGACGGGAUUCUCGUAUGAACAAAACCGCUGAUAAAUGGAAUUGAUCUCUGCUGACUUGCCCUGCAUCAGGCCUCUCAUGGCAGCUUUGGUCGUCCAUUCCUCACAUGAGCAGAGGAGUCGGACUGCAGCGCCACAGCAGUGCAAGGUCCUUCUGUACAUUUUUUGGCACGCUACUCCUACACACUUUCAAGUACAGAUACGGUUCAAAUAUAAAACUGUUCCGCUACUUCUGUACCAAGUACAAUAAAAUAAAUAAUAAUAAAUAAAUAUAAUAUUAAUAUUACUUUUUUGCCACACUAAAAUUAUGGAGAUAUCGUGUUGGAGACCAACAGAGCUUCAUAUUAUAUAGAUAUAUACUUUUAAUAUAUCUAACCACUUUGAGCUAUUUGUUUUAAUGUUUCAGCAUUUCUAGAGUAUUAAAUUAAACAUUACAGCAAUCAACAUUAUAUGCAGAUUUUCAGCUCAGUGCAUUGUGGGUAAUGCACUAACAAAGUGUAAGUGAAGGAGUUAUUCUUGCAGUGAUUGAUGAAUGAGUUUACAUUUUGUAAUGGAAAAGUAAUAUUUGUGAAGGUGUUUUCUAUUGUGACAGAACAAAACAUUGCAUUCAGCAUAAAAUGAUCAAAUCUAUGAACUCGCUGUUUUGUAUGUAACCCUUUUCACUGAUUUGUGAAUGAUCAUAAAACUGUUUGUGCAGAUAAAAAAUAUAUUAUUUUAACUUCUUAGCAACAAUCCAGAUAUAAAGGGGGGCACAGAGAUAGAGAUUUCAUAAUUAAACUCUUGCAGGGCAACUGCACUGUAAAUGCACUGUUUCUGCGUACUUCUCUUCUUGCAAGAAUAAACCAUAGAAAGACAA